AUGGCCACCUCAAAUCAACCCCCGGCAUCAUCAUCCACACCAGGCUCCACAGCCUACGCCCCAGUAACGCGCAUAGCGACUUUCCGCUUCCACCCGAACGUCACCGCAGAGCAAAAAGGUGACCGCGCAUCCGCCUUUCUCGCACUUUACGCCGAGCAUCCUGAACUGCUGGUCGAAGCACCUGUAGGAGGGAGACCGUUGAAUACGCCGUUGAAUUUGACGAAUGUGAAGAGGGAGAGCAUCUGGGACUUAGGAUUCGUUGUUAAGUUCAAGGACGAAGCAUCGAGACAGAAAUUUGACCUUGAUCCUGGACAUGAUAGGCUGAAGAACGAGACGGAUCCAUUGCUCGAGCAGGUAUUCGUGUAUGACUUUGUCGCGCAGCCGAACCUGGGCUGGUAG